AUUCGAUUGGUUUCAGAGUUGGUUCGAAUGCGCUCACUGAAACUGGCUCUACAGGACGAAGCGAGAACGCUUCUGAAGAAGUUCAAAGACGAGAAGGAACAAAAUGGUGUGCAGAAGUUGAGUCAGCAAAACUACUCUCAAAAUGUGAACACAAACGGGGUCUCGUGGGAGGGGGGCAAAGCGGGUGCCAGUGGGAGAGGCGCCGCCAGUGGAUCCACCCUGUCCCCCCACUCAGUGCUGCAAGGGGGAGGGACGACAGGAGGAAGUGGGCCAUCGAACAGACACUACUCAGUGGUGGCUCUGAACUCCUCCUGCAGACUGAAACCGAGGUCGAGGAUCAAACAUGCGGCUACUUUGAAAGGACACAUUGCAAAGGUCUACAGUAUGCACUGGGCAUCUGACUGCAGGAGGCUGGUGAGUGCGGCUCAAGAUGGCAGACUAAUUGUGUGGGAUGGGCACACCUCCAACAAAGAACACGCGAUAGCACUGCGGUGUGACUGGGUGAUGACAUGCACGUACUCCCAGUCGAAUCGGAUGGUGGCGAGUGGGGGUCUGGACAACACAGUGUCCAUCUACAACUUGGAGACCAGAUUCUCCGACCUCACAGACAAGGAUCAAGCUAAGACUCCUCACAAGUCUCUCUCAGUAUACUCCCCCUGCGGUCACUCAGCAUUCAUAUCGCGAGCCAGAUUCGUGAACAGUGACUACGAACUAUUGUCAUCUUCUGGAGACGGGAAGUGUAUCCUGUGGGACCUGAUAGACCAGACGCCGAAGACGGAGUUUGUGGGCCACAAGAGCGACGUGUCCUCGUUCGCCUUCUCGCCCGACUUCCGUCUCUUUGUCACUGGGGGAGGUGACUGUGUGCCCCGGUUGUGGGACCUCAGACUAGGACAGACUGUCCGCAUGUUCACAGACCUCGAGAGUCCCAAACAGGAUAUCAACGAUGUAGCCUACUUUCCGAAUGGGUACGCGUUCGCCACUGCCAGCGAGGACUCCUCUGUCUCCCUCUUCGACAUCCGUAGCAACGCCCAGAUCAGCAAGAGCGACGAGACAGGGGCAGGCAAUUCCGCGUGCAGUCUCGCGUUCUCCAAAAGUGGCCGAUUGGUCUUUGUCGGCUACUCAUCCAGCCCAUACCUCGCAGCAAUCGACAUCAUUAAUCAUUCCACACAUAUAAACUUCAGUCCGGCUUCUCGGGUCCACACCUCUCGAGUGAGCAGUCUAGGAGUGACAGACGACGGCUAUGCACUCUGCACGGCAUCCUGGGAUGGCACACUCCGCAUAUGGGCAUAGACCACCCAGGUCAAAGGUCACGUUGGGUCAGGUCAAAGGUGACGAUAGGUCUAAGUUCAAGUCUGAACACUUAAAUUCUGAUGUAGUCAUUGAACAGGACCUCGCUCAAAGGUACUUAUUAUGCUGUGACGCUACUUUUGGCGCUAUUUGAAAGGCAAUCAUACUUGGCUCGACAAACGACAGAAAGUUCAGUAUU